GUUCUCUCUGGCGCGGGAGCAGGAUGUGCUUCGGUUCAGCGUGCAGUCACCCCGGGAGCAGGGGGAACGGGAGAGAGGGGCCAAACUGACCGAAAACAGACCCCCCCCACGAGAACCACAGCCGGGCAGCGGCGGAGCAGCAGCUGAGAUGAGAGGCUUCAGCGCGGGGGUGGAGGGGGCCUGAGACUGCAGUGCCAGCGGGGGCCAGCGGAACAUGACCCUCAGCGGGACUCGAGCCCUCAGCGUGCUGGCGGCUGUGUUCAUCCUGCUGUCCACAGCCGCCCUGUCCGCACACUACCGCGUGUGUGAGCCCUACUCCGACCUCAAGGGGCGAGAACACUCUGGCUUCCACUGUCCACGCCUCUCUGACAACAAGACCUACAUGUUCUGCUGCUUUCACAACAACACGCCCUUCAGGUACUGCUGCAACAAGACCGAGUUCCAGAUCGUCAUGCAGCACAACCUCUCCAGCCAGACAGACGGCCUGCAACACAAUAACUACACGGCGCUGGUGGGCGUGUGGAUCUACGGUUUCUUCGUCAUGGUGCUGCUGGCCCUGGACUUCCUGUAUUACUCGGCCAUGAACUAUGAGGUGUGCAGGGACCACCUGGAGCGCUGGGGCCUGGGGGGGCGCUGGCUCAAACGCGCCCGCAGCCAGUGGAACAACACCCCCCCAGAGGACCCCAUCGUGCUCGCACACCACCCCCGACACAGCCUGAGGGGGGACGCCCAGAGCCCAUCCCUAAUGUCCUUCCACACCUCCACAGCCUGAUCUAUGAUGAAGUAAUACAGAUGAAACAGGAAGUGGACGUGGGCUGGACUACAAACAAAGCAGGAAGUGGGUGUGGACUGGACUACAAAUACAACAGGAAGUGAGCGUGGCCUGGACGAUACACACAACAGGAAGUGGCCAUGGUUUGGACUAAAAAACACAACAGGAAGUGGCUAUGGUUUGGACUACAAACACAACAGGAAGUGGGUAGGGCUUGUUGCACAGUUUCCUGGACACAGCCCUCCUCUUUGUUCAGCACACGGCCCAUAAAUACGCUCACAUGCACAAACUCCCUCUGAUCCUUCUGAGCCUGGCCUGGGUCCAGGGUGCCUCCCACAGCCAGACAGACUCAUCUCUGGGGAGAUCGACCGAGACCCACCCAAGAACAUCAGGAAAGUGUCUGGGGUUUUCGUUUUUUGGGGGGCACCAAGUCCUGCUGCCGCUCCAUGGUCACACUCCACACUCCACACCCACACCCUCCCCAAAAUGGUUUGUAGUGUUCCUGUGUACCCGAAUGGGGCUGGUGUAAGACUGUUUGCACUCUGGAUGUGUGUGUGUGUGUGUGUGUGUGUAGAGACAGCCCUCUGUGCGCACUCUGGAUGUGUGUGUAGAUCACACUGUUUAGCUGGGUCUAGACACAGCGGUGAGUAGAGAUAGCCCCAGUGUUAUUUAUUGGUCUGUAAGUAAUGUGAACUUGUCAGGGAAUCACAUGAUGAACGUCAGAGAGGAAUGAGUGGGCUUCAGCACCAGGGAAUCAGGCCAGCCGAGUCCAGUUCACUGUCCUCCUUAAAACCAGAACAGACCCCCUGUCUGUCCUCUAUUCCUGCUUAGGGGGGGAAUCAAAGAGUUUUUGAUUCUUUAGUUUUAUUUUUUUAUCAAACGCAGGAUUAUUUCUGGCAUAUAUUGCAUCCAUUUUCCAACCAGCUGCAAGAUUAAAACACCUUCCUUAAAAGACCUUGGAAAUAAAACAUUGCAGCUGAAGUUAAAGAAUUUAAGAGUGAACUUGCAAGCAAGCGGCAUUUACAGUAACACAGGCAGGGCAAACACAGGACUGCAGUGUAAAACACAGGCAGGGCAAACACAGGACUGCAGUGUAAAACACAGGCAGGGCAAACACAGGACUGCAGUGUAAAACACAGGCAGGGCAAACACAGGACUGCAGUAUAAUAACACAGGCAGGGCAAACACAGGACUGCAGUAUAAUAACACAGGCAGGGCAAACACAGGACUGCAGUGUAAAACACAGGCAGGGCAAACACAGGACUGCAGUGUAAAACACAGGCAGGGCAAACACAGGACUGCAGUAUAAUAACACAGGCAGGGCAAACACAGGACUGCAGUAUAAUAACACAGACAGGGCAAACACAGGACUGCAGUGUAAAACACAGGCAGGGCAAACACAGGACUGCAGUGUAAAACACAGGCAGGGUAUAGUUUGCGUUAUUGCUGGCUUCACUGCUUCUAACUGUCAAUCAUCGUCACAUUCUCUGACAAACUUUCUAGAGUUUUCUAUUGUAUUUUUUUGCUCCUGACUGCACCACUGAAAUACUUUAAUUAUAAUUAUUUUGUGAACGGUAAAGCCUAAUUAGCGUUUCUAGCCCUGGGGUGUAUUUAAAUGAAAUGUGUUUAAACUACUGACCUUUUCGGAUUAAGAUUGUGUUGCGUUAGCAGGCAGGAUAGUAGUUUUAUAGUUGCUGAAUGCGAGAUCCUUUCUGCAGAGGUUAUAGUGACAUUCAUCAUCUUCUGCUGCCGUUUUAUAAUCAGUGAGAGUGGGGCAAGGAGGUGGGAGAGAUGACUGUGUUUAUGUACAUUACAGCAGCCAUCACCCCCGGCAGUGCUGGGCUGUAGGGCCUCACUGUGAGGAGAAGCUGGAAUGGCAGACAUGGAGACCUGAUCAAAUACGUGAAAACGUGGGAGAGGCGUUUAUCGUCGCCAUAACGACCACAUCAGCAAUAACACGCAACGUUCUGGCCAUUCUGGCUGCGCUGUAAACAUCUGGAAAACAGCCCUUACUGCAGCAGGGCUGAGCUGAAACCGUCAUCACACCGGGUCCAGUCCGUUCACACCUCCUGGGUCCGGUCCGUUCACACCUCCAGGGUCCAGUCCUGGGUCCGGU